AUGGGGAGGGCGGCGGCCCUGGCGGCCGAGGUGGGCCUGCGCGCCGCGCUCUUCGCCGCCUUCCUGGUCACAGAGCGGCUGCCUCCCUUCCAGAGGCUCAUCCAGCCGGAGGAGAUGUGGCUGUACCGGAACCCGCACGUGGAGGCGGAGUAUCUGCCCAGCAGGCCGAUGUUUGUCAUCGCAUUUGUCUCCCCACUGUCUCUGAUCUUCCUGGCCAGAUUUCUCAAGAAAGCAGACACAAGGGACAGCAAACAAGCCUGCCUGGCUGCCAGCCUUGCCCUGGCUCUGAACGGCGUUUUUACCAACACAAUAAAACUGAUAGUAGGGAGGCCACGCCCCGAUUUCUUCUACCGCUGCUUCCCUGAUGGGCUAGCUCGUUCCGACUGGACGUGCACGGGGGAUAAGGACGUGGUGGAUGAAGGCAGAAAGAGCUUCCCCAGUGGACAUUCUUCCUUUGCAUUUGCUGGUCUGGCCUUUGCUUCCUUCUAUGUGGCAGGGAAGUUACAUUGCUUUACACCACAAGGCCGUGGGAAGUCAUGGAGGUUCUGUGCCUUUCUGUCACCUCUACUUCUUGCAACUGUGAUUGCACUGUCCCGCACCUGUGACUACAGGCAUCACUGGCAAGACGUGCUGGUUGGAUCCCUGAUUGGAAUGGCGUGUGCCUAUGUCUGCUACAGGCAGUACUACCCUCCUCUGACUGACACAGAAUGCCACAGACCGCUUCAGGGCAAACUCGCACUUCCCACUGCUCAGAAGCAGGCUGGAGAUUCUUGCUGUUUUGAUAUUUAACAAUUGAAUCUACCUCAGUGGAGAACAGGCGAAUCAGCCCUCUUCACUGGAACAUGCACAGGACAAGACGUUCUGGCCUUUUGACCCUGUCCGAGGGACAAGUGAGGACACAGCCACGCUGCACUCUGCCUCCACCAGUAGCAGGGUUCGCCCUGCUCCCACAGAUCUACCUGAAGAGUCAAGUUCUUUCCUCUGCCGUGCGCCACACCUUCUGGUAAAGGGAUUUCCGGUCAGCCGCUGACAGCUUAGGAAUCUGGCCCACAAGAGCGGUAUCCCAAGAUCUACAGCAUUUUUACACUUAAUUGAAAUGCCAUUCUUGGAAGGCUCUUGUCACAAAGACGCCUUUACAUAACUCCAUUGUAUCCUACAAGCUAGAGUUAGUUAUCAAAACUUAAUUUCCAUUUCCCAUAGCUCAAAAUCUUAAAAUCUUAUAGGGUGUGACCAACCAAGUUACUUUUCAUUUGGUUUACUUUGGUGACAAUUCCAUCAAGCCUUAAAUAGGAAAAUGUCCAAUUUGAGGUAAUUUAUCACUGUUAUAGUAUCUAUCUUAUCUGAGUCCAGCCAUCUGGUACUGCUGUCCCUCUUGGACAUAAACAAUAAAGAAGAAAAUGGUCAUCCCCACAGAUGAUUGUUUCUACCUCACGUGUCUUAACUGGGCUCCGAGCUUCUUUUCUUCCAUUCCUGACUGAAGAUCUACCCAAACGUAUCAGCUCUGCCACCUGACAGGCAGGAAAGAAAAAUCACAGAUACCACUAUCUGAAGGACAAAUGAAUCUUUUUUUGUCCCUUCUUCACAGCGGGAUAUAAGGAACAAUUAUAGGAUGUCAUCAGAACAGAUGCUAUAGGACCUACAGCUAGCUACCUUUCUCUCUACGGUGAUUAUACUUUAAAUGUGACCUUGUCUUA